UUCAAUACUGUUAUCAUGUGUAAAGGAGACGAAUUCGACGGCCCAAGUAUCUUAGACUUACUUGAGAUGGCAAUAAACGACUUGGUUGUCGAGGGACGUCUGGAGGAAGAAAAACUGGACAGUUUCAAUGUUCCAAUCUAUACGCCUUCAGUAGAAGAAGUCAGGCACAUAAUUGAGGAGGAAGGUUCUUUUGAAAUUGUAUGCCUGGAGACGUUUAAGCUCCGUCAUGAUGCUGGCUUCUCCAUUGAUGAUAACCAGUUAGGAUCCCAUUCCCAGGUACACUUCUGCGAUGAACAUGUUAGAGCAGCCCAUGUGGCAUCAAUGGUUAGAGCAGUUUCCGAACCUAUCCUAGCAAGCCAUUUUGGAGAAGCUAUUAUACCCGACUUAUUCCACAGGUUUGCCAAGAAUGCAGCAAAGCUUCUCCCAUAGGCAAAGGCUUCUUUAAUAAUCUCAUCAUUUCUCUCGCCAAGAAACCACACAAGUCAGACAU